GGCGCCUGACGUCUACUGCGCAUGCGCCACUGCAACCAGGAAGUUUUGAAUCCUGCAGCUGACAGCAGCCAAAGUUGCUUUCUGUGCUGUGAAGAGGAAUAAGUAUCCAGUGUGCGUCCACAACAGUUCCUCCAGUGAACGGGGGGUGAAGAAGCUUACUCCAGUCCCGCCCUGCUGAGCACAUGUCCGGCUCCGGCUUCGACCUCGUCCCGGUGGACGGUGGAGGUGGAGGGGCUCCCAUCCACCUGCCGCCGGGGGAGACGGUGCUGGGCAGGGGGCCCUUACUGGGAGUCAACGAUAAGAGAGUGUCCAGACUUCAUGGUCUGCUGGAGAACCUGAACGGACAGCUGCGUCUCAAACCGACCCACCUGAACCCGUGCUUUGUUCAGUCGUCCCUGAGCGACGACCCUCGACCUCUGCAGAGAGAUUCCUGGUACCUUCUUCAUCAUGGAGACUUGUUCUCUCUGCUGCCAGGGCAGUACAUCUACGAGGUGGUGGCCGUGGGCGGAGAAGACCGCACUCCCAGAAACAGUCAGAUGUUUGAAGAAGAAGAAGAAGAACUUCCUGUUUCUCCCGAGCCAGAUGUGGCGCCACCUCCUCCUCCUGUUGGACAGACUCCACCUCACGAGGAGCCGACACCAGCAGCUCUGUCCAGCCAGGAGGAAGCCGCCAACAGAAGUUUAAACAAGGGAGACUCUACACAACCAAAAGAAGAAGAGAAAGAGGACCAAAGUGACGUCACUCCAUCUGUCACCAAGAGAAGAGUGUUACCUGCGUGGAUGAUGGCGGCUGUAGCAGCGACACACAGUGCUUCCUCCUCAUCCUCCAGCCCGAAAGCUGUGAAGAGAAGUAAAGGAGCUUCAACCAGCACUAAAGGAGCCGCAGCCAAACGGGCCACGCCCACCAAGACCUCCUCACCUGAGGAGGCGGAGCUCAGCGAGGAGGAGAGGCCGAAGAAGAGGAGAAGGAAGAUCAAAAGUGAUGAAGAAGAGGAAGCAGCUCAGUCUAAAACAGAUGUCCCUCCAGAGCCCUCAGUCAGGCUUCAGAGUGAAUCCAAGAGGUCUGAGAUGAGCGACGAGUCUGACGGCUUCACCAUGGAUGUGGACGAGGAGGAAAGAGGAGGAGAGACAUCUACAGCGCACAUAAACACCACGACACGGACGAAUAAAAUCAGCCAAUCUGAGAACGAGGACAAGAAGUCGAAAAAUGGACAACACACUAAACGAGGAGCAGCGUCUGUCGUGUCGAACAGCGGCUCUGCAUCCGCAUCCGGAUUCAGAGAGCCGUGUCCGUACGGGAAGAGCUGCUACAGGAGGAACCCGGCCCAUUUCCAGGAGAGCAGUCACCCCGGUGACACCGACUACGAGGAGGAAGAGGAGACGCAGGAGGAAGACCGGCCUGAGUGCCCCUACGGCACCGACUGCUACAGGAAAAAUCCUCUUCACAGGAAAGAAUACAAUCACACAAAGAAAGCAGCUCGCACUACACGUACCGUCCCCAAAAAGAUUGAUGAUGAUGAUGAAGACGACGAGGACUUUGGGGAUGACGACAGCUUCAUAAACGACGACAGCGAGGACGCGGGCGAUGACUCAGACUACGCGCCUCCCGUCUCAGAUGACAGUGGUAAAGAGGACAUCAGAGGACUGCAGAAGGAAGCAAAGGCCUUUACGAAGAAGAGGAAGUAGAUACAGACCUCUGUUUUCUUUUUGUUGUUUGAUUCACUGCUGCAGCAGCUGAGGCCUCAACAGAUUCAUGUACGGGUGGGAAACAUUCCAAAACACACCGAAGAUGUUUGGAUCUAAGUUGAUUGAAUCCUGCCUAAAAGUGAAUUAUAAGCAGCACUUUGAGCUCUGUGGCCUCCCGUCUGUUUACCAACAACACAUUUAAAGAUUUCCGAGUUUAUAUUUUCUUUUCAACGUUUGCUUCCAGCUGCCAACAUGCAAAAGCUGUCAGGUGUCUUCGCAGGUGUCGUCAUAGCAACCUCAAACACAACAGUGGACUGCGGUAAUUCGGGCUAAUUAAAGCAAAUAGGUUUUUGAAUGAAAAGCAUGCCUCAUGCAGCGUAACGCUAAUUUAAAUUGGGGAAUGUUCCCAUGACAUCGGUUCUGGCUGUUUACUGAAGAUGCAAAACACACGAGUUGAUUUGACAAACCACUAAGUGUUUGUUCUGAACCAUUGAAAACACUCCGACAUAGUUUCUGAUCAGCACUCAGCUGCAGUAUGUAAGCAUUAGUCCAAACUGAACCUUUUUCAUUGUAUGUUUUAUCAGAUUUUUUAUUUUCAUUUAGAUUUUAUUUCAGAUAAAAGCUCCAUCUGUUCCUGUUUGGGAUUGAUUCUGCUCAUGUAAAUAUGUAUGUUUUAGGAGUAGAUGUCUUAUAAUUGUUGCUCUAAUUUGUUUUUCUUACAUUAAUUGAAUACAUUUGAUGAAAACAAA